AUAAUCGGACACAGAUCGGGCAGGUGUAAAACCAGGGCACGGCAGUUCACUUGUACGUAGGUAAUUCGCGGCCAUACGGAACAACAACAAUGCACUGAUCGUAUCGGGUUUUCUUUGCAUGGAACCACAAACCACGGACGUUUUUUUUUUUUCCCCUUAAAGUGAACGUGGGCGACGUUCUGCAUUGACACAGUGAGAAUAUGACCGAAUUUAUACUCGGGGGAUUGGCAGCAUGCGGGGCAUGUCUUUUCAGCAACCCACUGGAAGUUGUUAAAAUACGCAUGCAACUUCAAGGGGAACUGCAAGCCAGGGGAACGUAUGUAAGGUCUUACAAAAACGCCUUUCAUGGAUUUUACACCGUCGGCAAAGUUGAUGGAUUGUUGGCUCUCCAGAAAGGACUUGUGCCCGCUCUGUUUUACCAACUACUCAUGAACGGAACUCGCCUUGGGACGUUUCAGUGUCUCAAAAAUGCUGGCCUCAUUACGGACAAGAACGGCGAUGUUGUAUUUUGGCAAAGCGUCGUAGCUGGCGCUUUUUCCGGUAGCUGUGGUGCGAUAGUGGGCAGUCCAAUGUAUCUGGUUAAAACGCAUUUACAGUCACAGUCCAAUGUUGAGAUCGCAGUAGGACACCAACAUACUCACAAUGGGAUGACAAGUGCAUUAAGAACUAUAUAUAAAGAACAUGGUGUAAUUGGUUUAUGGAGGGGAGUUAGUGGUGCUGUCCCUCGGGUGAUGGUUGGCUCAGGAGCUCAGUUAUCUACAUUUUCAACUAUCAAAGAUAUGGUGGAAAAGUCUAAGAUAUUUAAACAUGAAAGUUGGUUCAUCCCAAUUACGUCAAGUUGCGUCAGCGCUGUCGUUGUUACUGCAUUCAUGACACCAUUUGACGUUGUCAGUACCCGUUUGUACAACCAAGGAACUGAUGCUCGUGGGAAAGGAAUUUUCUACACUGGAUUUUUUGAUUGUUUUCUGAAAAUUCUUAGAAAAGAAGGUCCUCUUGGCUUCUACAAAGGGUGGACAGCCUCUUUUUUUCGCCUUGGACCACACAGUAUUUUGAGUCUUGUAUUCUGGGAUAAAUUACGACAUUUUUACACAAAAAUACACUUACAAAAUUAACACUAGGGUUCAGAUUGGCUUCAAAUUAAGCAAAGUGAAUUAUGUGGAACCCUUGAAACAUGAUGCAUCUCAGGUUACCUUUUGUUUCAAAUUCGACUAGUCCUGUAUUUCCUGUACAAAAUGCGUGUCAGCAUACAUGCACUUGAUCUCCUGUUCUGUGUGAGAUGCAGAGUUUUUUUGAAUUACGAUCAUCAAAGUUAUGAAAACAUACAAAAAUGACCAUGCCCACUUUUGCAUGUGUAAUUAACAGUUAACUGAAUUUUAAGUUACGAGUAAUUGUUGUUUUUUAAUGUCCAUAUUUUAUAACUCAAAAUUUAAUAAACAGUUACCGGUAACUCAAUAUCAAGUUACAGCCAACCUAAAUUUUUGUAGUUGUUUAAUCAUCUACAUUUUGGUAAAUUUUGGUUUAGUCACUGGGAGCGUUUGUAGAAAUUAAACAACAAUAGUAAAUUUAUAUUGCUAGUAACUAGUUGCUUGAUUAACUGGUUAACUGUCAAUUAAAGUUAAAGUUACUAACUACGCCAUUAAUCAAUGACCAAAUCUAUGUUGCUCGUAAUUCAAAGUUUGAUUAACUGUGAUUUUGCGAAAGUGGGUGUGGUCAGUUUUCAACUGGAACAACACCUUGUCUCAUUAACAUUUGUCACGACCAGAAUUAAAAAAAUGUACAACCAAAGUGUCACACGCAACGUAAUAUUACCGUAAUUGGUAUAGUACAGGUGUGAUGGUUCAAAUACCAAAAUGGCAACAGUAACAGAAAGACAUCCCUGGCGGCGAUGAUAGCAUACGAACACGGAGCCAGCAGAUGAGGUUUCAACUGGUACUGGUAUUAUACUCUGCAAACAUCAAGUACAAUAAUGCGGUAAAACUCCAAACUUCCAAUAACUGGAUACUUAAACUCCAAUACAAUUCAACGAGAUCUCUGAUCUGACUCAGUGCUGAACAACUUCCCUAUAUAUACCCACACUGUCUAUAAAUAGACCAUUACAUCAGCAUACAUAAUGAGUCUGGAACUUACUACCAAUUUCUAGAAUGUUCCAUUACCUUCUAUUGCCUCCUACAGUGUUCUAUUACCUAUUCAACCAGUUUCUAAAAAAAAUCUAGAAUAUUCCACCCAGACACAGUACGGUUCUAGAACAUUCUCAGUGACACGGAAGUGGUAAAUAAGUCGUAUGCGACACAAAGUUGCAUUUAUUUUUCCUGCUUGUGAAAACAUUGUGAGAACAGACAAUUGAAUGCAGGUUACAAUCUUUAAAUAUUGCAGCAAAUAUUCCUUACAUUAA